GGUAGCGUACUGUCUAUCCUUCGCACCCCAUACAAGAAUAACAAGCUUGCUCGAAAGGAAGCUAGUUUAACUUCAUCUCUUCGCUGCUUUGUCUGUUGAAUCUUUUUUUAGUUCCGUACGCCCAGGUCGGGUUAUGACACUUUCAAGAUGCACAUAAAACAGGUUAUAAUUGAAGGCUUUAAGAGUUACAGAGAGCAAAUUGCCACAGAACCAUUCAGCCCUAAAGUUAAUUGUGUUGUUGGUGCUAAUGGAUCUGGGAAGACAAACUUUUUCCAUGCAAUUCGCUUUGUGUUGAGCGAUCUGUUUCAGAACCUACGCAGUGAAGAUAGGCAUGCACUACUCCAUGAGGGAGCUGGACACCAAGUAUUAUCUGCAUUUGUGGAGAUUGUAUUUGAUAAUUCAGACAAUCGCAUACCGGUUGACAAAGAGGAAGUGCGCCUACGCCGGACUAUUGCUUUGAAAAAGGAUGAGUAUUUUCUAGAUGGAAAACACAUAACGAAAACUGAAGUGAUGAAUUUACUUGAAAGUGCUGGAUUCUCUCGCUCAAACCCUUACUAUGUUGUUCAGCAAGGGAAGAUAGCAUCACUGACUUUGAUGAAAGACUCUGAACGACUAGAUUUACUGAAGGAAAUUGGUGGUACUCGAGUUUAUGAGGAGAGGCGUCGUGAAAGUUUGAAGAUAAUGCAGGAAACUGGAAAUAAAAGAAGGCAGAUCAUUCAAGUUGUCCAGUAUUUAGAUGAAAGGCUGAAGGAGCUAGAUGAGGAGAAAGAGGAACUUAGAAAAUAUCAGCAGCUUGACAGGCAGAGAAAAUCCUUAGAAUAUGCUAUUUAUAACAAAGAAAUUCAAGAUGCUCAGCAAAAACUGGCAGAGAUAGAAGAAGCUCGAGUAAAGGUUUCUGAGUUAUCAACAAAGAAGUAUAAUGAUGUCCUUGAUGCAAAUGAGAAGACCAGAGAUUUAGAAAAUACUUUGAAAGACAUAACAAAAGAACUUCAAAGUUUAAAUAAAGAGAAAGAAAUUAUGGAGAAGAGACGAACAGAGGCGUUAAAGAAGCACACUGAGCUUGAGCUUGAUGCCAAAGACCUACAAGAGAAGAUCUCCGGAAAUAUCCGAGCCAAAGAAGAUGCGGUAAGACAACUAAAAAUACUUGAGGAAGAAAUUCAGGACUCAAUGAGUGAACUUGACAAAAUCAGUCCUUUAUAUGAGAAUCAAGUUAUACAAGAGAAAGACAUUACCAAGCAAAUAAUGGAGCGUGAGAAGAAGCUGAGUAUCCUUUACCAGAAGCAAGGACGUGCGACUCAGUUUUCCAGUAAAGCUGCUCGCGAUAAAUGGCUUCAAAAGGAGAUUGAUGAUCUUGAACGAGUGCUUUCUUUGAACCUGGGGCAGGAGCAAAAGCUCAGGGAAGAAAUUGAUCGGCUAAAUGGUGAACUACAUAAUUGUGAUGAGUAUAUUAGGAAUCAAAAAUCAAACAUUACUGAGGUGGAGUCCCACAUUGCUAAAUCGCGUGAAGAUUUUAAUCAUCGAAGAGUACAAAGAGACAAGUUGCAUGAUGAGCGGAAGUCUUUAUGGGCCAGAGAGAAUGGACUUACUUCUGAAAUUGAUAAGCUGAAAGCAGAAGUUGAGAAGGCUGAAAAGAGCCUUGAUCAUGCGAUUCCUGGAGAUGUGAGAAGAGGGUUGAAUUCAGUUCGGAAAAUCUGCAGAGAGUAUAGAAUUUCAGGAGUUCAUGGUCCAAUCAUUGAGUUGUUGAACUGUGAUGAAAAAUUUUUCACAGCAGUUGAAGUCACUGCAGGAAACAGCUUGUUUCAUGUGGUUGUGGAAAAUGAUGACAAGUCAACCCAGAUAAUUAGACAUCUUAAUUCUCAGAAGGGCGGGCGUGUUACUUUUAUCCCACUUAAUCGAGUGAAGGCUCCGACUGUCACUUAUCCUCAGAGUUCUGAUGUCAUACCGCUUCUGAAGAAAUUAAAUUUUAAACUUGAUUAUACUCCAGCAUUCAGUCAGGUAUUUGCUAGAACAGUUAUCUGCAAAAAUAUUGAUGUUGCGUCAAGGGUUGCUCGUACUGAUGGUCUGGACUGCAUAACAUUGGAAGGUGAUCAAGUGAGCAAGAAAGGUAGCAUGACUGGGGGAUUUUAUGAUCAUAGGCGAUCAAAAUUGAAGUUUAUGAAUAUUAUUAAGCAGAAUGCAGACUCUAUUCGCAUGAAGGAGGAGGAAUUAGAGAAAGUUAGACUUGAGCUUCAUGAGAUAGACCAGAAAAUCACUACACUUGUUGAUGCGCAGCAGAAAUUUGAUGUUGAGCGGGGUCAUGGUAAAUCAAAACUGGAUCAGCUUAAGCAGGACAUUGCGAACGCCAACAAGCAGAAACAACUAAUUUCUAAAGCACUUGAAAAUAAGGAGAAGUCACUUGCAGAUGUUCAGAAUCAAAUUGAUCAGCUUCGAGCUAGUAUGGGAAUGAAAAGGGCUGAGAUGGGCACAGAGCUCAUUGAUCACUUAACACCCGAGGAAAAGAAACUCUUGUCAGAUUUGAAUCCUGAAAUCAAAGAACUUAAAGAGAAGCUUGUUGCUUGCAAGACUGAUCGUGUUGAGACUGAAGCAAGAAAGGCAGAACUGGAAACUAAUCUGACAACUAACCUUAGGAGAAGGAAACAAGAGUUGGAAGCUGUAAUAUCAUCCGUGGAAGCUGACUCUCUGGUUGUUGAUGCUGAAUUGAAGGGACAGGAACUUAAUGAUGCUAAACUACUGGUUGAAGAUGCAACAGAGCAGCUAAGAAGGGUUUCUGAUAGUAUAAAUGAUCGAAUGAGGCAAAGUAAAAAGAUUAAAGAUGAAAUGAAUAAAUUGAAGGCUUUGGAGGAUGAUUAUGAAAGGAAACUUCAGGAAGAAGCUAAAGAAUUAGAGCAAUUGCUGAGUAAAAAAAAUAUUUAUUCUGCUAAAGAAGAUGAAUGUACCAAGAAAAUCAGGGAACUGGGUCCAUUGUCAUCAGAUGCUUUUGAGACGUACAAGCGGCGAAACAUCAAAGAAUUGCACAAAAUGCUGCACAGGUGCAAUGAUCAGUUGCAGCAGUUCAGUCACGUGAACAAAAAAGCACUUGAUCAAUACAUUAACUUCACAGAACAGCGAGAAGAACUUCAGAAAAGACAAGCUGAACUUGAUGCAGGAGAUGAGAAAAUUAGAGAAUUAAUAUCAGUUCUAGAUCAACGGAAGGAUGAAUCCAUAGAACGAACUUUCAAAGGUGUGGCAAGGCACUUCCGAGAAGUCUUUUCUGAACUUGUACAAGGCGGCCAUGGUCAUCUUGUUAUGAUGAAGAAGAAGGAUGGUGAUCCUGUUGCUGAUGAUGAAGAUGAGGAUGGUCCUCGCGAAGCUGAUCCAGAGGGGAGAGUAGAAAAAUAUAUUGGAGUGAAAGUAAAGGUGUCUUUCACCGGACAAGGAGAGACUCAGUCCAUGAAGCAGUUGUCGGGGGGUCAAAAAACUGUCGUUGCCCUCACGCUUAUCUUUGCCAUCCAGCGAUGUGAUCCAGCUCCUUUUUAUCUUUUUGAUGAGAUAGAUGCAGCAUUGGAUCCACAGUACCGAACUGCAGUUGGGAAUAUGAUUCGACGUCUGGCUGACCUUGCUAACACUCAAUUUAUUACGACCACAUUCCGACCAGAGCUUGUGAAAGUUGCUGACCAGAUAUAUGGAGUGACACAUAAAAACAGGGUCAGCCGUGUUAAUCUGGUGUCCAAGGAAGAUGCGCUUGAGUUUAUUGAGCAUGACCAGACUCACAAUGCUGAAUGAGGUGCUUAUGAUUCCCUUGAAGGUCCCAUGAUUUGAAGUAGAUAGCAGAUUCCAGUUCAAAUCCAUGAGACGGCACUUCCAUUUGUAUGAUAUGUAUUGACUGAUCUGGCUUCUGCAUAGGUCUUAGAAUAACCCAGUAGUUACUGAUCUCUCCUUAUCUAUAUAUUUUUGUAUAUGCUUCUCAAUUUGUUUACAUGUCAAUAUAUUAUACAUCUUGUAGCUGUCUUGGGGGAAAAACGUUGAACACUGUUUGAUAUUGACGAAGGAAAUCAUUUUAUGUACAACAAUACUUCUCCUUACCCUACUUAAAUUCUCAAUGGUGCCGGAUAUAAUUUAUUUGAUUAUUAUGGUUUA